AUGGUGUGCGGUGAUGUGCAGUGUGGUGAUGUGCUGUGCGGUGAUGUGCUGUGUGGUGAUGUGCUGUGUGGUGAUGUGCUGUGCGGUGAUGUGCUGUGUGGCAAUGUGUUGUGUGGUGAUGUGCUGUGUGGUGAUGUGCUGUGUGGUGAUGUGCUGUGUGGUGAUGUGCUGUGUGGUGAUGUGCUGUGUGGUGAUGUGCUGUGUGGUGAUGUGCUGUGUGGUGAUGUGCUGUGUGGCUCGCUGGACACUCCAUGGACCACCAUCCGCGAUGCCUACCUUGCGGUAAGCUCCGUUUCCCGCCACCCCGCUUGCCCGUUUUAG